UGUGCUGUUUUGUUAUUUAUAUAUAAAUAGAUAGUGAAUCUGGUUUUUCUCCGAUCCAACCGUUCUUCCACACGCAUUUUUCCUUUCUUGAAUGGAAUACAUUUCUUGAUCUCUCCUUAUUAAAAAUUGGGUUCUGGGUUUUUCUUGUGGAAAAUCAUAUAUAAGAUAUAGAUUAUGGGUACUCAGCAGACACUGAUCUACAGCUUCGUGGCGAGAGGCACCGUGAUAUUAGCAGAGUUUACGGGAUUCAAGGGGAAUUUCACCAGCAUUGCCUCCCAAUGCCUGCAGAAGCUGCCGGCAUCCAACAACAGGUUUACUUACAAUUGCGAUGGCCACACCUUCAAUUACCUUGUGGAAAAUGGAUUCACCUAUUGCGUUGUUGCUGUUGAGUCUUCUGGUCGGCAAAUUCCAAUUGCCUUUUUAGAGCGCGUUAAGGAUGAUUUUAACAAGAGAUAUGGAGGAGGGAAAGCCACAACUGCAGGUGCCAAUAGCCUGAACAAGGAAUUUGGGUCAAAACUGAAAGAGCAUAUGCAGUACUGCGCUGAUCAUCCUGAAGAAAUUAGCAAGCUUGCUAAAGUCAAGGCGCAGGUCUCUGAAGUAAAGGGAGUGAUGAUGGAAAACAUCGAGAAGGUUCUAGACCGAGGUGAGAAAAUUGAGCUGCUUGUUGAUAAAUCUGAGAAUCUCCGAUCCCAGGCGCAGGAUUUUAGGAAACAGGGAACCAAGAUUAGGCGAAAAAUGUGGUUUGAGAACAUGAAGAUUAAAUUGAUUGUGUUUGGCAUCAUUGUAGCUUUGGUUCUCAUCAUCAUUCUGUCUUUUUGUCAUGGCUUCAAGUGUGUAUAGGAGAACUCAUUUCGGAUUUUGAGUUCUCUAGUGUUGUCUAUUUCGCUUCGUUUUACAGGGAUAGAGGGCUCGGGUUUGUCGCAAGAUGCUUUCCCGGCCGAUGUUUUUCAUAAUAUAGUAAAUGAUGCAUCUCCUCUCCAUAUUGUGAAGACACAACUUUCUUGUGAUAGUCUAUCAGAUUCUGUAUAUUUGUUUCUUUAUCCAUAUUUUGGAAAUUGAGUUUUGUUGUUAUUAUUAUUAUUAUUUUUUGUAAAGAUUGAUUUAUUUUGAAAG